AAGACCAACAUAGACUAGAAUCAAAAAUCUAUCUAGUCCCCAAGGGGCACGGAGCUGUAGCUGCCGGAAGCGUCCAUUUACAUUCCUGCAUCACAGGAAAAUUACUCGUUUCUUAGCUGUUAAGCAUUUGCAAAAGUUCAGUGAUUUUAUCGGGCAUUCCUCACACGUUAAAAUUACUGUUAUUUUAAAAAGAGAACGAGAGAAGACCAGAGGCAACAUGAGAACAGAGUUGCCUACUCCAGAGACAUUUGUAAAUGACACUAAACAGUUUUUUCACGCUUGGCACAAUGUACUCCGGUGCACCGGGUUUUCUGGGACGAGCUGGGUGGCCGACAUCUUCCCUCGCAGGAAGUUUCACACUUUUAAGAUCUGAAUAGAUGUUCAGCGCUCAGCUAGCGGCCAGAAGGCUCUUCACGGUCGAGUUGAACAGCGGCGGGAGGCGGCGGAAGAACCCGAACCCCUCCUCCCCACCUCCCCCCCCAGGUGCAGAGCGGGGCCGUGCCCCAGUCGCGGGCCCCGAGCGCCGGCGGCGGACGGCAAGCUCGGCCCCACUGGCCCGCGGGGAAACGCCGGCUGCCCAGCACGCAACCGCCCCAGGCUUCCGCCUCCCGGUCCCGCUCGGCUCCCCCGGCCGUCUCUGCUUCAGGGACGCGGAAACCCCGAUAUUUUCUGAGGUAAGGACCCCAGGAUCACAAUUUGGUGGAUGACCGAAGAGCGACAAGAAAAUUCCUCCGCAGAAAACGGGUUCCGGCCGCGAGCCUAUAAAAAACGGGUGGCGCGGUACCGCUGUCUUUCCAGUCGGG